GGGGCGGCAGUGGGUAGUCCAACAGUGAAACCACAGAAGAAGCAGCUGCGCAUGCGCAGUGUAAUUCUGAGUGAAGAUGUCUAUCGACUUGGAGCUGAAGAAGGCCUUCUCUGAGCUGCAGGUGAAGAUGCUCGACACCCAGCAGAAGGCGAAGCUCUCCGACCUGCAGAUCGAUCAGCUGACUCGCGUGCAGAAACUCGCUAAGCUAACGAGCGCCGAGAUCUCCCCGCUGUCCUCCAGCACGCGACUCUACGAGGGAGUGGGACGCAUGUUCAUUCUUCAAUCGAAGGAGGACAUCAACAAUCAGCUGAUGGACAAACAGAAAACAGCUGAUGAGAAAAUUAAAGAGCUUGAGCAAAGGAAGGUGUACCUUGAACGCAGCGUGAAAGAAGCUGAAGACAACAUCAGAGAGAUGCUGCUGUCAAGGAGACACACUGCUCAAUAACACACACACACACACACACACACACACACUCUGUCUGAUGGAUGUUGGUAAUAAAGAGUUGACGCUUCAGUCCUGUGUUUCCCUGCAGAGUGAGACCUCUUUUCUCAAGAGAGGAUCUGUGAAGGGUUAAUACAAGAAUACAAAACAAACUGUUUAUUAAUGAAUUUAAAUGGAAACAGGAAAUGCUGUAACUUUUCAUUACAAAUAAAAAAUACAAUAAGUAAAAUAAAA